CUAGGAAAGCUAUAAGAUGCAACGCAUCUACUACGACAGAAUCGACGCAACAUCCACAAGAACAUCAUUGCAUCAUAGAAGCAGCAACAACACCAUUCCUUGCCUCUCAUAAUGUACAAAAUCACACCGGUCUUCUUUGUUCUCCUCUCAUUAGUCACUACAACCCUAUCACGUCCCAGUAAGAGUUCAUCAUGGAACCCACUCGCCUCCCUCCCCAUCCCACGACAAGAACACACCACCGUCUACCUCCCACCCUCCACCAUCGCCGUCCUCGGCGGCAUUAUCCCCACAAACGACACCAGCACAUUACCAAUCGCCACAACCUCUCUCGUCGAAUUCUACUCUAUUCCAAACAACACUUGGAGCACCUCCGUGCCUCUACCACGUGCAAUGAACCACAUCAAUGCCGCCGUCGUAAACAGGUCGAUCUACAUCCUUGGCGGCCUCGCAGAUCUAGGUGAGAUGCAGCCAGCGUGGCGCGCGGUGCCGGACUCUUUCAUCUAUUCACCCGGCAGCGGCGCAUGGACGAGUAUUCCAGGCCUGCCGGUGGGAGAGGCGAGGGGUAGUGCGGCGGUGGGUGUGCACGAUGGCAAGAUCGUGCUUGCGGGCGGAAUGAGUGAUCUUGAGCUCUCUGGCAACGCAACCCAAAGUACCGUUUCCGUGGUCAGUAUCUUUGAUACGGAGAGGAGGGAGUGGGUGAAGUUGCCGAGUAAAGCAAGAUAUUUGCCUGAGGGAAGAGAUCACGCAGGCGCUGCUGUUGUGGGCGGGAAGAUGUUUGUCCUCGGCGGCCGGACCCAGGGGCAAGAGAAUGUCAAGGACACUGUUUUUAUUCUCGAUCUGUGCAACCUCAACGCUGGUUGGUCAGUCAGCAAGGCAAGGAUGCCCACGCCGAGGGGUGGUGUUGCGGCGGGCGUUGUAGGGGGGAAGGUGUACGUGUUUGGCGGCGAGGGGAAUCGGGGUACGGAGAGUGGUGUGUUUGACCAGGUGGAAGUGUAUGAUAAGGUGAGGGAUAGGUGGGAGAGUAAAGGAAGUAUGAGGGUCCCAAGACAUGGAACGUAUGCUGUGGGUGUGGGGAGGAGGGUGUAUGUGCCUGGGGGUGGGACGAGGCAGAGUGGUGCGCCUGUUGCUGACUUUGAUGUGUUUGAGGCUUGA